CAGUUGAUAACAGGAUUUGAACUCUCUUGUGUAUUGACACUCUUUGGUUGGGUUAGUGUUGGCAAAUCUCGCGCUAGCAGCCUCCAUAAUCACUACGUAAUGUGCCGUGCUGCUUCUAGCGGCGCUGGUGACAGUGCUGAAAGCUGUUGGGUAUGAAGUGAAACGGAAUAGAAUUUUUGUACCAUCCGCAACUGCUUCAAGUUCAGAUCAAAACAAACAAAACAGACGAAUAACCUCCAGAACAACAAGCAAAAAAGUCCAAGACACGCGUGGGGAAAAAUCAAGGAUCACUUCAAAGUGUUCAAAGUGACGAAGAAACCAAACCCUGAAACGACCAAAGAAGCACGUUCACCCAUCUAAUCGAAACACGAAGAAGAGAAGCAUCCGUUCUACAGUAUCGUGACAAGAAGAAGAAGAAGAAAUCUGAUCUGAAACCAGAAGUUUGUGCCUACUCAACAGCUUUGACAAAGCACACGUCCCAACGCUGCUCCUAGCCCUCCUCAUCCUCACCACAUCUCCGACUCGCCACCGGAGUGUGGAGGGGGCUGCUACCUGCUAGUUUCCCCGUAGUUCCCCAAUCGUUUACUCCUCUUAUUCUCCCACUGUUUUCAUUUUAUAAAAGCCCUUUUUCAAAGCAGUGUUAUUGCACCUGCCUUAGCCUUUUUGAGCUCAUCUUCUCCUUUUUGGCUUUAUGCAACCAUCGACGACUUGUGCCAGAAACCUGUAACAAGUGUGUGUGUUCAACUGUGUGUGUGAAGAGAUCUGCAAGAACUCCUCCAAGUGGUCAACAAUAAAGGAACCAAGAAUCAUUUAAGAUGAGUUUUGAUCCCAACAUGCUCCAUAAUAAUGGCCAUACAGCCUAUGCCAACGGGAGCGGGCCGGGCAUCAGGGAGACGGGGGUGGUGGAGAAGCUCCUCACCUCCUACGGCUUCAUCCAGUGUUCAGAGCGCCAGGCCAGGCUCUUCUUCCACUGCUCCCAGUACAAUGGCAACCUGCAGGAGCUCAAAGUCGGAGAUGACGUGGAGUUUGAGGUGUCCUCUGACAGGCGCACUGGCAAGCCCAUAGCAGUCAAGCUGCUUAAGAUAAAGCCAGAGGUGCUGCCAGAGGAGCGGAUCUCGGGCCAGGUGGGGCCAGACCUGCACGCCUAUGCCUUAACUAUGCUGCAUGGUUAUAUUCAUCCAGUUGUCUCUGCCAUUCCUGCUUACCUGGAUGGGAAGUCUGCUCCGGGCCAGGUCCCCACUGGCAGUGUUUGCUAUGAACGAAAUGGAGAGGUAUUUUAUCUGACUUACACUCCUGAUGAUGUGGAGGGCAACAUCCAUCUGGACUCGGGUGACAAAGUCAGCUUUUACAUGGAGACCAACAAGCUUACUGGUGCAGUGAGUGCUCGUAACAUUCAACUUGUAAAGAAGAAACAAAUGCGGUGCCAAGGUGUGGUGUGUGCAACAAAGGAGGCCUUUGGAUUUAUUGAAAGAGCUGAUGUGGUGAAGGAAAUUUUCUUUCACUACAGUGAGUUUAAAGGAGACCUGGAGGCUCUGCAGGCUGGAGAUGAUGUGGAAUUUACCAUCAAAGAUCGAAAUGGAAAGGAGGUGGCUACAGACGUGAGACUGCUCCCUCAAGGCACAGUAAUCUUUGAAGAUAUCAGCAUUGAACAGUUUGAAGGCACUGUUACCAAGGUCAUCCCCAAGGUUCCAACCAAAAACCAGAAUGACCCCCUUCCAGGCCGUAUCACUGCACGCAUUGGGUACACAGACAAGGAGCUGCCCUUUGGAGAGAAAGACACAAAGUCCAAAGUGACCCUUCUGGAGGGAGAUCACAUCCAGUUUAACAUUUCCACUGACCGCAGAGACAAGCUGGAGAGAGCCACCAACAUUGACAUUCUGCCAGACACUUUCAACUUCACCAAGGAGACUAGGGAGAUGGGUGUGAUUGCAGCCAUUCGAGAUGGUUUUGGUUUUAUUAAAUGUGUGGAUCGGGAUGCCAGAAUGUUCUUCCACUUUAGUGAGGUUUUAGAGGAAGCCCCAUUGCACAUUUCAGAUGAAGUCGAGUUCACUGUUGUGCCUGAUAUGUUGUCAGCCCAGAGGAACCAUGCAGUACGCAUCAAGAAGCUGCCUAAAGGCACUGUGUCCUUCCACACUCAGUCGGAGCAGCGCUUCAUUGGAGUCAUUGAGAGAGAGGUGGUGUCUGCAGCCAAGAACGGCAGCCCCACAAAGGGCAAAGAGCCAAAAGAAACUGAUGAGGGAGUGAUUGCAUAUGAAGACUGUGGAGUGAAGCUGACCAUCCCAUACUAUGCCAAGGACCUGGAGGGAACAUCAUCCCCACAGGCUGGAGAUAAGGUGGAGUUUUCCAUCAGUGAAGUGAAGAGGACUGGCCAGCAGAGUGCAGUGUCUAUCAGAGUUUUGAACCGUAAUAGCUCCAAUGCCAAAAGACUGCAUGGUUUUGUGGCCACGCUGAAGGACAACUUUGGUUUUAUUGAGACUGCAAAUCAUGACCAAGAGAUCUUCUUUCAUUAUAGUGAGAUGUGUGGAGAUGUAGACAACCUGGAUCUGGGAGAUACAGUGGAGUACACCAUGUCUAAAGGAAAAGGAAAUAAAGUCAGCGCUGAGAAGGUUACGAAGGUGGCUCCAGUGAACAGUUUUGGUGAUGAUAUAACCACAACCAUCAUGGUAGGGAAAGUUGUCCGUCCUUUGCGCAGUGUGGACCCCUCCCAGAAUGAUUAUCAGGGACUUAUUGAAAUCACUGAAGAAGGUGGAAAUAAAGGCCAGAAUUAUCCAUUUGGAAUUAUGGGAAUGUCCAACAAAUCGGACUGUCUGCAGAAAGGGGAGUCGGUGAAGUUCCAGGUUUGCACUAUCCCACAGACUGGGCAGAAAAUGGGCUGCAACAUUGUCCCUCAGAGAAGAGCCACCGUGGAGUCGGUCAAAGAUCUGUUUGGGUUCAUCACAUAUGAAGUGGGUGACAGCAAGAAACUGUUUUUUCACGUUAAAGAGGUUCAGGAUGGCUUGGAGCUCCAGACUGGGGACGAGGUGGAGUUCUCCGUUGUCCUCAAUCAACGCACAGGAAAAUGUAGUGCCUGCAAUGUCCGCAGAAUUAGUGAAGGGCCUAAACAGGUUGUGGCCCCUCGUCCCGACCGCCUGGUGAACAGGCUCAAAAGUAUCACCCUGGACGAUGCCAGUGCCCCUCGUCUGGUCAUCAUCAGGCAACCUCGUGGUCCAGACAAUUCAAAGGGCUUCAGUGUGGAGAGGAAGACCCGUCAGCCCGGUGUGAUUGACUGAGCAAUACAAACCUGCCCUGCCCCGCUCGGAGAUGCUGGUGUGCUCCAGGGGCUAAGGGAAAUCUUGAUUGGAUCCAUGCGCAUACUCAAACAUAUUUGGCAUGUGUAACUGAUAAUCUGAAAGGGAAUCUCUCUCAUUUCCAUGUUUGACGUAGCUAACCGGAGUUCUGCAGUAUGUGAGAUCUCUGUGCGUGUGUGACGUGUCCAGAUGAUAUAGUGUAUGAUGGAAAUCGAGUGGUGAUUGUGUGGCUGUCCAUGUCCUGUCGACGAAUCUGCUUGUCUGGAAUUCUGCACCUGCUCUUGUCUAGUAGUCUGCUUGAGUGAGACUGUUAGCAUGUCUCUGCUUCGUUUUUUCCUCCCACAUUUAGUUUUGCGCCUUUACCCAUGGGAACUCUGGUUUCCGCAACUGUAUGCUUUCCUACAAGACGCAUAAAGCAAAAUUUCCUUCCAUAAGGAGGACUCAUAUGUGCGAGCUUAAACUGAAGACUCUUCUCUGCUCGUUUUUUUGAGCAGUUUUUAAAAUGCUUUACUUAAGAGCUGGAGUGGACGCAUGGUGUGAGUGACGUAUGUGGAUGUCUAAGUAGUUCAGAUAGGGUUUACUUGUACCAAUCAGGAGCCUUGGAUGCCGUUUUGGUAUUGACAUGCUCCACUUGAAGCAAUUUCCCCAGGUGCAGAAUUCCUUGUGGCAUCUUAUAUCUACAGUUCUUUUAUACAAUUUAUUUUCUUGUUUUUCUUUUUUCUUGCACAUAUUUUUUUUUUCUUUUUUUUGUUAUUCAAUUUGCUAAUAUUGAAUUAAAUAAGAUUAAGGUGCCUAAAGCAAAACAGUAAAAAAAAAAAAAAAACAACAAAAAACAAAUUAGAUGUAUCUUAUGUUUUCAGCCAUCCACAAAAUAUUGAGAACAAUCGUCGGUUGGCUUUUUUUUUCUAGUAGAAAUAAAACCGAUAUGCAUCCUGAACCUGUGGGUUGAAAUAUACUGUAUGUAAUGUGUGCUUUUUCUUAGUGAAACUUUAAGAUGAUAACAAAGCAACAAAGUUUCAGUGGAACAAAGGGGACAGAUGAACAAUAAAAUCAAAAGCUGAAUAGGAUUCUUUCAGGUUGUGGAAGAUGAGGCUGGAGAGCUAUAGCCUAUGUGCCUCUGCACGUUCAUUUACAGAUUUGAUUUUAGACACCGGGUUUCUGUUGAACCACGCACUGGUUCAAAUGUACUUUUGUUAAUGGUCUUGAAUGAAAUAAUAAAAAUUUUAUGAAAAUCA